GGUGAGGGGAGGAGCCGCUGCUUCCCUGGAGCCCCAGCCGUCGUGAUGAGCUUCAGCCGCCUGUGCCGCUUGUUAAAGCCGGCGCUGUUGUGUGGUGCUCUGGCCGCGACCGGCCUUGCCAAUACCAUGUGCGCGUCCCGAGACGACUGGCGCUGUGCUCGAUCCAUGCACGAGUUCUCAGCCAAGGACAUCGACGGGCACAUGGUUAACCUGGACAAGUACCGGGGCUUUGUGUGCAUCGUCACCAAUGUGGCCUCCCAAUGAGGCAAAACAGACGUAAACUACACUCAGCUCGUCGACCUGCACGCCCGAUACGCUGAGUGCGGUUUACGGAUCCUGGCCUUCCCUUGCAACCAGUUCGGGAGGCAGGAACCAGGGACUAAUGCUGAGAUCAAAGAGUUUGCCGCAGGCUAUAAUGUCAAAUUCGAUAUGUACAGCAAGAUCUGUGUGAAUGGGGACGACGCCCACCUGCUGUGGAAGUGGAUGAAAGUCCAACCCAAGGGGAGGGGCAUGCUGGGAAAUGCCAUCAAGUGGAACUUCACCAAGUUCCUCAUCGACAAGAAUGGCUGCGUGGUGAAGCGGUAUGGUCCCAUGGAAGAGCCCCUGGUCAUUGAGAAGGACCUGCCCUGCUACCUGUAACCCCACAAGUGUGCGCGCCACCUGAGCCCACUGCCCGUGCCCCUCGGAGCCUUCACCCGGCACCCAUGACGGUCUGCCUGGAAACCAGCCUGCUGGUGGGGCAGACCCGAGAACCUGGCGUGCAUUCCUGCCGGAGGAAGGCCCCUCGGCUUGGCUCACAGCUCAGCACUGGCUGCCUUGUGGAAAUAAAACAUACAAAUUGGCCUCUA